CCCUAAACAGUAACUCUCUAUUCUCUAGUCUCCAUUUCCUGUCACCAGUCACCGCUACAUUUUCUCACGCCAUCAGUAGUCACUGCUUUUGACUCCUCUACUCUCCUACAGGUACUUCUUUAAAGAAGUCUUAAACCCUACCAAAUCCCCUCCCAUUUCCAAUUUCAUGUCUCUAACAAUGGAACCCUUCAACCUACUCAAAUUCUGGAGAGGUGUUAGCGUUGCUGCCACUGAAUUUACUAAUAAUACUAACAUCAAAACAACCACCAUGAGCAGCUCAACUGAAACUGAAGAUGAAGAAGAAGAAAAACUUGAUGAAGGACCAUUUUUUGAUUUGGAAUUUAAGGCAGCUGUUGAUGUUGAUACUGAUGAUGGUCAAGGUGAAUCUAGUGGAGAAGAUGAUGAAGCAGAUUGUGAAUCAGCUGGAACCGAUUAUGACAGUGAAAGAGAUUACAAUUUUGCUAGUUCAGCCAGAAUUAGCUCUAAUCUCUCGUUUUCUCCUUCUGAUGAUAAUCUGUUCUUUAAAGGACAUUUUCUUCAGCUUGUGGGUGAUGAUGAACCCCGUUCAAAGACUGUCAAAAGAAAAUCUUCAGUGUUCAAGUUGGGUUUCAAGAAACCCUUAAAGCCAAGCACAGAAAAGGUAGAGAACAAAGGUGCAGAUUCUCCAUCUCCAAAAUUUAAGAAACAAACUUCAAGACAACAGAGAAUUAAGGCAGAAGAAAUUCCAAUCAUCUCAUUAUUUACUAGAGAAAAUAGUUUGAGAUACCAACUUAAAAAAGAGAGUCUCGAUGAUGAAAUUGCUUCAGAAGAUAAGAAAUUCGUAAAAGGUGUUGUUCAGAAGUAUAUGAAGAUGAUCAAACCACUCUAUGUUAGCGUUUCUAAGAGAUACGGAGACAAAUCUAGGUUUUAUAACGGGUCCGUAACAACAUCACCUCUACAGAGAUCUUCUCCUAAGAAAUACAAAAAAGAAUGUGAAGAUAGAUUUGAGAGUUUCAGCAACUCCAAGUCCCCUAAACAGGGUAAUUUACCAUCAGGAUUAAGAGUUGUUUGUAAGCAUCUAGGAAAAAGUCGAUCUUCGUCGAAUUUUGCUGCUGUUUCUCCGGUGACAUUUCCAUCUCAGAGGCAAGACGAUUCCAUGUUUCAACAGGAAGACGGAAUUCAGAAUGCAAUCCUUCAUUGCAAGAAAUCCUUCAAUUCAAGAUUCGAUUCUUCAACUUUGUUUUCUAAUUCAGAUUCAUCACUGCUCUCGAGAUCUACCAGCGACCCUUCUCAUGAGAAAUCAAUCGAUUUUUUAUCCGAGAAAAUGAAAUUCUUCGACCAAGAUGAAGCCGAGAAUGAAGAAUAUUUUGAUCUUUGAUCGGAAAAGUGGUCAGCGCUCAAGGAACAAAGCAGAAGAGACAGAUUAUGAAGAGACAGAUUAUGAUUACGAACAAGGGUAUCAUAAAAAGUCACGAAGAAAGAUAGAGAGUACGGUGCAAGAUUUCAAAAUAUGUCAUCAUGCCCUACGGAGUAUAUUCCUACUGCAUGCCUUCACCUCAGUCGCCUCCACCACCAGUAGACAGCAGACCCUGAUCUUUUAAACCACCUCCAUCAAGAGCACCACCACCUCUAUGGAUCUAUCUAGUUUUGGUUGAGUUAAGGGGAGGAACUCAAGGAAGGAGUCUGAAAGCUAUUAUCAUUCAGUUUGAGUUAAGGGAAGGAAGGAGUCUGAUUACAGGGCAAUGAUUGGAUCAAGUUUAGCUUCAUUAUCAAGCUGCAAGAUGGCAAAUGCAUCUCCCUUUCCAUCCACUGCAGCUGGUUCUACUGAUGUGACACUAUCUAUAACACCUCAAGUUGAUGUUACUCAAGAAACACAAGCUACACAGCAGGCUACACAAGACCAGAUGACAAUUCCAACAUUGAAGAUGACAUUUCGGGAAAGGAUGAAGAUUAAGGGGAUGAUUGGCUUGAGAGAUGGAUAGACUGCAAUCUUGUACUGGUCUGCUACUUAAGAAAUGAAGAUCAAAUGGAUGACUCUUUUUAUUUUAC